CAGCCACGCAAGACAGCUCUUGUGGGUGAAAACUUUUCAGUCAGUCAAUUACGGUCGGAGGAUUAACAUUGAAAAAUCCCGGGGACGCAAAGUGGUGCAAAUAAAUGAUGAAUUUUGUGACUGUUUCUGAAUUGAAGAAUUUCAGCGAAUAAGUGUUGUGGAUAAAAAUGAGCAAUUUCGAAACUUCAGCGGAUAUUUGCCAAAGACUUUGUGGAAACGGAGGUUCUUUGGUGGAUCCUUAUUAUGAAAAUAAUGGUGGAAAUUUUUACACAGCAAUGUACCAAGCGGAUUCACAGCAGAAUGACAUCAAUGGAAGUCACAUCGUGAAUGAGGAGAACAGCUACUGGGGCUCUCCAUGUAGCUCAAAUUCACCCCUCAGCCGCCGCGAUUGCUCGCCCAGCAGCGGAACUGGAAGCAACCUUCGGCAGAGGAACAGCAUGUCGCCAACUUAUCACUAUCCGCCUCACGUUUACUAUCAUCAUGCGCCGCAAUACGAGAAAUUGGGUCCCAUUUGUGAGGAGGGUGGUUACUUUAACACCACGACUACAGAAGUGAUUACGUCCACACCUUUUGUUCGAGUGGUCAAACGUCGAAAUACGGCCAACAAGAAAGAACGACGCCGAACGCAGAGUAUCAACUCGGCCUUCUCCUACUUAAGAGAACGCAUUCCAAAUGUACCCUCCGACACUAAAUUGUCCAAGAUCAAGACACUGAGACUUGCCACGUCGUACAUUACGUACUUAACGCAAGUGCUGGAGGGGAACCAAGAUCCAUCCGGCGGUUUCCGUGCAGAAUUGACAUCGUCUAGAAAAAUAAAUGCCGAAAGGAGAGCAAAUAUGAAAAAUGAAGCACAGAUCUUCUUGACGAAUUCUGACAUUUCGCCGGUGGAUCCCAAGAAGACAAAAGGACGAACAGGCUGGCCACAAGAUGUUUGGAAUCAGACUGUGUGGAAGGAAGAGAAGCAAUAAGAAAACGACCGACGCAUUAUAAUUUUUCCAAAGAAGAAAAUUCUUAAGCCAAUUUUUUGCCAAAUUGAAUUGCGAAAAAAAGAUUCAUAUAAAUAAGAAAUAAAUAAAAGUAAAUAUAUACAUAAUACAAAGGAGAAAAUUGUUAUUUCUAAUCGCCUGAGAGAGAGAUUAUGUAGGAAGAUCAA